AUGAUUGCAGAAAUCCCCGAAAGCAUCACUCGUGCCGAGUUGGACCUGAGUUCUCCUAUAAAGCACUUCGUCCCUUCAGUUGUCAUUCUAUCAACAAUAAUCACUUCAAACGCCUCCUGCCCACGACUGACACCCGAUGAACUCAGGGCUUUGUUUAUUGGCUUUUGCACGUUCCUCACAACUUUGCAUUACGACAAGUCUUAUCUCAAGAUCCCUCCACCGACAGGAUGGCCAGAACUCACUCCAGAGUCGUGUGCACACUUCAAAUCUGACUAUGCUAUCCAAGCCAUCCGCCACCUUCCCUACUUUGACAGCACGUAUAUCGAAUAUGUCCACUACAAGUCUAAGCUUUUUGAUCUCACUGUCUUCACUCUUGACGAUUGA